AUGGAAGAAAUCACCACCUCGAACUCGUCUGCGUCCUCAAUCGUAAACUAUGAUGGAGUACAGGGCAAUAUCACUAGCUACGGAGAUAUCAAGGGCGACACCGGCUUUGAAGGUGACUACGAUGAAAAUGACCCUGAAAGUAGAAGAUUGCACUUGGUCAAGACAAUCAGUUCAUUGGCCCAAUCAGAAGGCAAGGACAAGUUGGACAACAUGUCAAGGGAGAUUUCCAGGCACAUCUCGAACAAAGAGGGCGGACUCCAGUUGAAGUUGGAGGAGUUCAACUUGAUCAGAAUCUUGUCAAACUUUGUCUACUUUGCAAAGAAGCAAGGGAUUGCAUUGAGAAGCAGCGGAAUCACGUUUCAAGAUCUUUCUGUUUACGGUACCGACGAGACGUUUGCGGUGGUGCCCACGGUGCUUGAUUUGUUGAAAGGACCCAUUGGAGGGUUGCAACAGAUCAUAUCCAGAUUGAGGACCCCACCCAAAAAGAUUUUGCAUAACCUCAACGGAAUGGCACGGCCUGGCGAAGUGGUGUUGGUGUUGGGCAGACCAGGGGCCGGGUGCACCACUUUUUUGAAAAGCGUGAGCGGGACCGACUUUGACCUCUACCGAGGCGUGGAAGGGGACGUCAGGUACGACGGAUUGAGCCAAAAGGAGAUGCUCAAGCACUUUCGGAACGACUUGAUCUACAACCCGGAGUUGGACGUGCACUUUCCGCACCUCACGGUGGACCAGACGUUGUCAUUUGCCAUUGGAUGCAAGACGCCGGACGUGAGGGUCGAUGGAGUGAGCCGGGAGCAGUUUGUCAAGGCCAAGAAGGAAAUCUUGGCCACGGUGUUUGGGUUGAGACACACCUACCACACCAAAGUCGGGAACGACUUUGUAAGAGGUGUAUCUGGAGGCGAGAGAAAGAGGGUUUCCAUCGCCGAGGCUUUGGCGUGCAACGGGACAAUAUACUGCUGGGACAAUGCCACCAGGGGCCUCGAUGCCUCGACUGCGUUGGAGUUUGCGCAGGCUAUCCGAACCUCAACCAAGAUUCUCAAGACCACGUCGUUUGUGUCGAUCUACCAGGCAGGAGAAAACAUCUACGAAUGUUUUGACAAGGUCACGGUGUUGUACCACGGAAGACAGAUAUACUUUGGCCCCGCAAACAAGGCCAAGAAGUACUUUGAGGACAUGGGGUGGGAGUGUCCGCCAAGACAGACCACUGCGGAGUUUCUUACGGCAUUGACAGACCCGUUGGGCAGGAGAGCAAAGUCGGGCUGGGAGAAGAAAGUUCCUCAAACCGCCGACGAGUUUGAAAGUCGUUGGUUGCACUCGCAAGAGUUUAAACUGCUUCUUCAAGAUAUCCUGGACUUUAACAAUUCCUUUGACGUCGAUGAAGUCAGAAAGGAAUACUACCACUCGGUGCAGCAAGAGAAAAUGAAGGGCGCUAGAAAAGGAUCCGCAUUUACCAUCUCAUUCUUACAGCAGUUGAAGCUAUGUGGAAUAAGAAGUGUCCAACGAAUCAUGGGAGAUAAAGCUUACACGAUAACACUCAUGGGCGCUGGUAUCUGUCAAGCAUUCGUUGCUGGCUCUUUAUACUACAAUACUCCAGAUGAUGUCUCAGGGGCCUUUUCACGAGGAGGUGUCGUGUUCUUUGCCGUUUUGUUCAUGUCUUUGAUGGGAUUAGCCGAGAUCUCGGCCUCCUUCGCCAGCCGACCAAUCUUGAUGAAGCAGAAAAACUACUACAUGUACCAUCCAUCAGCCGAUUCGCUUUCCAACUUUGUCACAUCGAUACCCAUCAGUGUCCUUGUCAAUGUUUGCUUCGUUGUUAUUUUAUACUUUUUGUCAAACUUGGCCAGGGAAGCGGGCAAGUUCUUCAUCUGCUUUCUUUUUGUCGUUUUGCUACAUUUGACGAUGGGUUCAAUGUUCCAGGCAGUGGCAGCCAUCAACAAGUCGGUGGCGGGCGCUAACGCUUUGGGCGGAGUGCUUAUGUUGGCAUCUUUGAUGUAUUCUUCGUACAUGAUCCAGCGGCCCUCCAUGCACCCUUGGUUCAAGUGGAUCUCCUACAUCAACCCGGUGUUGUACGCGUUUGAAGCGAUUGUCACGUCGGAGUUUCACGGACGUCACAUGGAAUGUGUGGGACAGUACCUUACCCCAUCGGGACCCGGGUACGAGAACUUAGCAUCAGGUGAGCAAGUUUGUACCUUUUUCGGAUCCGUUCCGGGCAGAACUUGGAUCUUGGGAGACGAUUACAUGAAGGUGGCAUACACCUACAGCUUUGCUCAUGUCUGGAGAAACUUUGGUAUAUUGAUUGGAUUUUUGGCGUUCUUUUUGGCAAUAACAUCAUUGGGAACCGAAUACAUCAAGCCGAUUACAGGAGGCGGUGACAAACUUUUGUAUUUGAGAGGAAAAGUGCCCCAUACAAUUGUGCUGGCUGCCGAAAAGGGAAAGGGCGACCUCGAGGAAGGGCCCGCCAUGGAGGAUUUGGAUGACCGGGUUGACAAGAUGAACCCCGACGGCGCCGACUUGGAGGUCAAGGAUAUAUUCAUUUGGAAAGAUGUCAACUACGUCAUUCCUUACGAUGGCAAACAGAGGACACUUUUGGAUAGCGUUAGCGGAUACUGCAUACCGGGGACUUUGACUGCUUUGAUGGGAGAGUCGGGUGCCGGUAAGACGACCUUGUUGAACACCUUGGCGCAAAGAAUCGACUUUGGCACAAUCACAGGUGACAUGUUGGUGAAUGGUAAGCCGUUGGACUCAUCAUUCAGCAGAAGAACUGGGUAUGUCCAGCAGCAAGAUCUUCACGUUGCCCAAAUCACUGUACGCGAAUCAUUGCAGUUUGCAGCAAGGUUGAGACGGUCAAACACGGUGAGCGACGCGGAGAAGUUGGAGUAUGUUGAGAAAAUAAUUGAGGUAUUGGACAUGACCAACUAUGCCGAUGCAAUUGUUGGACGAUCAGGCAACGGUUUGAAUGUCGAGCAAAGGAAGAAAUUGUCCAUCGGGGUUGAGCUAGUGGCCAAGCCUUCGUUAUUGUUGUUUCUUGAUGAGCCAACCUCUGGGUUGGACUCGCAAUCUUCAUGGGCUAUCAUCAAGCUACUUCGCGAUUUGGCCAGUGCCGGCCAAUCGAUAUUGUGCACCAUCCACCAGCCUUCGGCCACGUUGUUUGAAGAGUUUGACCGGCUCUUGCUCUUGAGAAAAGGAGGACAGACUGUGUACUUUGGAGACAUUGGUGAGCGCUCAAAGGUCAUUUUGGACUACUUUGAGCGAAACGGAGCAAGACGUUGUGCUGAUACCGAGAACCCAGCCGAAUACAUCCUCGAGGCGAUUGGUGCUGGUGCGACUGCUUCUACAAACAGCAACUGGUUUGACAUUUGGUCAAACUCUCCAGAAAAAGCAGCCACCGACAAAAGGAGAGAUGAGUUGAUCGAGGAGUUGAGAAAUAAGCCAACGCAAUUAAGUCAGCAGGAGGAGGCGGAAUUGAGUCAAAAGUACGCUACUCCAUAUUGGCACCAGUUCAGAUGGGUAUGCAAUAGAGGCGCGUUGGAGUUUUUCCGGGACCCAGAUUACGUCAUGGCCAAGUUGUUCUUGAUGACCAUCUCGGGUUUGUUUAUCGGGUUCACUUUCUACGGGUUGAAGCACACCAGAACCGGAAUGCAGAACGGUAUGUUCUGCGCAUUUUUGACGGUGGUGGUGUCUGCACCCGUCAUUAAUCAAAUCCAAGAAAAGGCAAUUGCCGGUAGAGACUUGUUUGAAGUGCGAGAGAAGUUGUCCAACACGUACCACUGGUCCUUGAUGAUCAUCUCCCAGAUAUUGAACGAGAUGCCCUACUUGCUCAUUGGUGGAGGAUUCAUGUUUGCGUCGCUUUACUUCCCCACAAAAGUCGACAUCACCGCGCUGCACUCAGGUAUGUUUUACUUUACGCAGGGUAUCUUUUUGCAAGGCUUUGCCGUGUCGUUUGGUUUGAUGGUCUUGUACAUUGCGCCUGAUUUGGAAAGUGCCGCGGUGCUUGUUUCCUUCUUGUACACUUUCAUUGUUGCCUUUUGCGGUGUUGUCCAACCAACAUCCUUGAUGCCCGGGUUCUGGACUUUUAUGUACAAAGUCUCACCGUACACAUACUUUAUUCAGAACUUGGUGUCGUCGUUUUUGUAUGGCCGGCUGGUCACCUGCAACAACAAGGAAUUGUCGUUCUUCAAUCCGCCUUCAGGGCAAACUUGUCAGCAAUACGCUAGUGAUUUUUUGCAACGUACCACUGGCUAUUUGUCCAACCCUAGUGCUACUUCAGACUGUGGCUACUGUCAAUACAAUAACGCCGACGAAUACUUGGCAACCCUUGGGGCCAAGUUUUCGUUGAGAUGGAGAAACGUGGGGUUCUUUUUCGCUUACAUCUUCUUCAACAUCAUCUUUUGCUUGGUGCUUUACUACUUGUUCAGGUUCAGCAAGCUCACGAAUAAAAUUAAGGGUUCAAUAUCAAAGAUUAGCUUCAAAAAGGCGAAGAAGUGA